GGGAGUUUGAGUUGCACUGCACCCGAGGUUGUUCGAAUAUGUAGUUAAAAAUCGUUAGAAAACAAAUGGAUGGCGAAAUGGAUAAGACACCGAGACUUCAAAGUUUCCCCAAGUCGGUUUUCGUGAAUCCUAUGAUGUUCCACAAUUUGGAAAAUGAAUACUGGCUUAAAAAAUGCUCUUCACACCCUGAAUACGGAGUAAGCUUAAUUACUGUUACGUGAAAUAAAAAAUAAAAUAAUCACACAUUACAAUUGUUGAUUAACAUUACUACGCUCUUGGAUUUUGUACACGGGAAGAUUUUCAAGAAUAAAUAUCAAGAUUAAAUUGUAACAUUCCAACAUUUCGCUGAACUAUUUUGGUUCUAGCCUCUUUGUAUUCUUUGCAUAACGAAGGUUCACCAUCGUAAACAAAUUUUUUAGUAAAACAAGAUCAGAAAAUGGUUUAUGAAUUUCAUUGCCAGUCAUUAUCAGAUGAACCAAGAGAUACUUAAAUCUGUCUUCAUUGUGACGAAAAAAAGUGGUCAAUUACUGGUUGUUGUGUAACAUUUACUUGCACCAUCGAUUGAUCAUUUGCUAACUGAUAAAUCGCUUAGUAAUGCUAUUUAUCUUGAAUAUUUUGUAGACAACUAACAGCGUUUAAGUCCUUGUUGUAUCAUAAUUAAUCAGCGAAUCUGUUUUGUGAAAAUCCUUAAUUCAGGAUUUGUCCCAAACAAAACCCAUCGGUUUGUUAAAAAAUAUCCAUUCCAUUGUCAUAAUAACCCUUCAUCUACUGUAACCGUAAAAUUAUGUGAACCAGCAACCUCUGGAUGUAUCAAUGUCACUGAAUCGAUGAAUAUGAAUUAGCAAACAAGAUACGGAACUAUUCAAAUUACCAUAAGGAAAACUAGUGUGAAUACGAUAAAUAACUUUGAACGACUUGUUUCUGUCCACUAUAUGAUCGCUAUCGAUCACGUGUGAUAGAACCGAGCUGCGUAUUGUUUUGACGUAACCUUUUCCCGACCACGAAGGGAGGUGUUCACUAACUCGUUGGUUCAGUUGCCUGGUAGUGCGCCCAAUAUAGCUUUCUCCACAGGAGCAGCUGAAUUCGUAGAUACACAUAGAAGUGGCAUAACCAGGUAACCUAUCCUUUAAUUGCGGAAUCACCAUCGAUCGGGUCGAUUACGAUAGGCAGAGGUUGGCAGCAUUAAACGUUCUCUUUACUGCUCUAGUCAAUCUAUCCCGUAAUACAUCGCUAGCUAAAUCACCAUUGAAUUGCAGCUUCAAGAAAAGCGGUUUCUUAUUAGCCAUCAGUCACUAUUUUCUUGUUUUGCACCCGCAAGUGUUUCUUCAGGAACCCCAGUGGAUAUCCCAAUUCAAUCAAAAUAUUAUGAAUGUGUUUUAAUUUUCUAUCAAUUGUGUCGACUGAGCAUAUCUUAAUAGCUCUAUUUGCAAGAGGCACAAAGCUUAAAAAAUGUGUGUAUUGGCUUGGAGAAGAACUUUUCCUAUACACACCUCUGCUGAUAGAACCAUUUUCUUUUCUACUUAACAAAACGUCCAGGAAAUUUGUUUGUUAUCUAUUUCCUCCUCACAUGUAAAUUUAAUAGCAGGAUGUUUGUUAUUAAAUAGUUUCAGUAGUUGUUCUUUUCUAAUGUUCUGAUCGGCAAUGAUGAAUGUGUCAUCAACGUAACGACAGUAGAAAUCCAGUUUAUUGAUAGCCUCUUUGAGAGAUCCGUUUUCUAGUUUCGCCAGAAAAAAAUCCACAAGCAAGGGACCCAGUGGCGAACCCAUCGCUAUACCAUCAAUUUGUCUAUAAUAUGUGUUAUUAAAGACAAAAUGGACAUUCAUUGUGCAUUUCAAAAGAAAUUCUUUAAGACAAACUUCAGGAAUUCCAAUAUUGAUUUGCUUUUCCUGCAGUUGUUGGCACACAAAAUCGAUAGUCUCUGUUAACGGUACGUUGGUGAACAGAGAAGCAACAUCUAAAGAUAUCAUUCGUUUCCCAUUUAAAUUUAUAUGUUCCACUUUGGAAAUGAAAUCGAAGACGCCUUUCACGCUCCUAUUGACGACUAGUUUGUGUAAGGGGUUUAGGAUACGAACUAGCCACUUUGCAGUUUUAUGAUAAGGCGAAUUAUACAUAUCUAAAACUGGGCGAAGAGGAAGACCUGUCUUGUGAACUUUAGGUAAACCAUAUAGUCGCGGUGUGUUCGAUCCAGUAGGCUUGAGUGAGUCAUGUAUGUCAGGAGUAAGAAUACCUUUAAUUUUUAAUUCCUUCAGUGAGUUAGUCAGCAAUUGAUUAUUUGUUCGAAACCAUCUUACCUACUUUUGUAUAGACUAUGCGUUUUGUUAGCUGUAAUAAAAUAGAUUUGUCAGCAUAGUAUGUCGCUAGUAAAUUAAAUUUAGUGACUGCUGAUCAAGGGAAAAAUGUGGAACCGGGCAUUCAAAGCCCCAGAUUUAUAAAGGUUGCUGAACAUGCUUUUAUUGGCUCAGUUUUCAUCGGGGUUAUUAGUUCUGGGUAGGACUUUAAACUGAAUAUUCCCAAAUAAGGCAGAACAUGUCAGAAUCUUCUACUUGACACUGCGCUCGUUCUUUUGCUUAGACGUAUUGAACGCUACACCAAAUUAAUUACUUGUCAGAUUAUCCCAACUCCAAACAAAUUGCAGGUCGAUUUUUUCAUCGGUCUUACUUUCUUUUACUACCUGUCUUUUAUUUCUUUUUACUGUUGUAAAGGUAAUCACACUUUCUGAAUUUUAGCUACUUAAGCCUUCUGAAGGUGAACAAUCGCGUCCCAUAAGCUCUUUUUCUCCACAAAUUUUACGGGAGUUUCAUAUUUUGUUGGCUGAAUGGAGAUCAGAAGCUCGUGAACUUGUGGCGUGUAUGAAAGAGAAAGAAAGACAAUCUGUUUUAGCUUCAGUUGGUAUUCAGGCAUUUUCUGAGGAUGUUCUGUCUCAAAAGAACAUGGAGAUGCCCGGUGAUCUCAACAUCAAAAAGAUGUCACAAAGAAACCUUUCUACUUCUGCUGUGUCGUGGAGGAAUUCAAGCUUUGUUUCUGGUAUGCGUAAACGAAAAUCAACUCAAUUAAUUCGUGGCAAUCGAUCUUCAAAAUUCGGUCGUCCAUCCAAUUAUCCUCCGAAUUCAUCAUGGUCGCGAAAACAUUGUUACAAUAACUCAUUACUAAAACGGCGUGAUAUAAACAAACCAUCCAUUCCAGCUGAAAAUCUGAAAAGGACCACACAUACUGACAACAAAUCCCAAUAUCUAGAUGAAGACGAUGAUGAGGAAGAAGACCAGUUGACUGCUAUAGUUUCUCGCCAACGUCAAGCAUUUUCUGCGCGUGCUGCUGCUGGUCGUCCAAGUAUACGUAAAAUACAGUCAGAUCUUCAAGUCAAAUCUGGUGAUGCCGUCUUAAGCACAGUCUCUAGUGUUCCAGCAGCUAGGAGACUUUCAGCUAAAGUGUUACGUGCGUGGAAAUCUUUGGCUAAAAAGAUAAUUUGUAAGGUGGCAAGGCAACGUGGUACUAAUCGUCGAGAUAAGAUAAUCCUAGCAAAACGCGCUGCUCGUGAGUGCGCACGUUUGUUACGUCAAAAGGCAUUGCUUUCCCAAAAAGCUGCUAGAGAUUCAAUAAGUCGUGGACAUCGUCUGUCACGCGAAAUUGCAUCUAACUGGCGUAGCUCAACUUCGAGCACAGCUAAUGGUUCUGGUCCACUUACAAUCAAUGGUGUAACUAUACCAUCGAAUUCUAAUAUUACUCAUUUCUCUUCACUUAUGGAUUUACCUGAUUAUUACACUUCUGCCCGCCCAGAAAGUGGAGGUUUAGAGUUGAACAUGUCUACUUCAGUGAUGGAAUCAAGUACAGCUAUACGUCGACGAGCAGAGAAGGCUGCAGCUGAACAACGUAAAGCCGACUUAGAACUUUUGGAGGCAAGAAGACAACAACGAAAACUGAAUUUCUUGAUUACACAAACAGAAUUAUAUGCCCAUUUCAUGGCGAAAAAGAUGGCGGAUGUCAACUCAGGUAAUUGUAAAUCUGAAGAUAUACGUGGUCCUGAAAAUGCUGAAUCAGUAUCUGGUAAUGUGAUUCAAGAAGACGACAGUCAAGAAAUCGAAGCUCAAAGAAUCUUACGUCGACUUGAAGAAAUGGAUGAUGAUUCUGUAGAAACAAAAACUAACGAUGAAGGAAUUGAUACUGGUUCUGACAUAUCUGUUCCAUGUGAUCCCAUUCAGAAUGAUCAAGAUUCUGUUGGUAUAUCGACUGGAUCUACACACCGAAAAUCAUACAGCUCAAUAGCUGUAGCUGCAAAAGCUGCAGCUUGUCGGUUGGGUAUUAAUGUUGAAGAAGAAUAUGAUAUUGAACAAGCGAAAUCCGAAGCUUUAAUGAAGGUCAAAGCAGCUGUUACAACUGAGCGUAAUCGUGUAUCACAGUUUCAUAGUGGAACUACAACAAAUCCCAAUUUAAACGCCCCUGUUCAUAAUAAUACAGAUUCUAGUACAACUACACAAAUUGAAACACCAAAGUUAUUUAAAGGUCAGUUAAAAGCUUACCAGGUCCGUGGUUUGAACUGGCUGCUUGGUUUGUUCGAUCAAGGUAUCAAUGGGAUAUUAGCUGAUGAAAUGGGCCUAGGGAAAACUGUGCAAACAGUUGCAUUUCUUGGUUGCCUGGCGGAAAAUUACAACAUUUGGGGUCCAUUUUUAAUCGUUACUCCAGCUUCAACAUUGCAUAAUUGGACACAGGAAUUUGCUAAAUUCCUUCCAGCUUUUCGUCUAGUCCCUUAUUGGGGUACACCAACAGAGCGUAAAGUUCUACGCCGAUUUUGGUCAUCUACACGUUCCUCUAAUGCAGAAUCUUUUGAUGAAUCUGGUGAUAUUAAUCCUGGACAAGCUGGAACUAAGGAUUCUCAACUUCAUGUAGUUAUAACUAGUUAUCAAGUUGUUUUGCAAGAUGCGAAAUUCAUUAAUAAAACCGCAUGGUCCUACAUUGUUUUAGAUGAAGCACAUGCUAUUAAAAGUACAUCAAGCUUACGAUGGAAAAUUCUGUUAUCUUUUAAAUGUCGAAAUCGUCUUUUACUCACUGGAACUCCAAUUCAGAAUACAAUGCAAGAAUUAUGGGCAUUAUUACAUUUUAUUAUGCCUACAUUAUUUGAUUCACAUGAUGAAUUUGCUAAUUGGUUUUCACGUGAUAUUGAGUCUCAAGCCAGUGUUACAGCUAGAACUGGUGGUGGGGGAGCAGCGGGAGGAGGAAGUAUCAUUAGUAGCAGUGGAACUGGAUCUUUAAUAACUUCAAAAUUGAAUGAAAAUCAAUUGUCACGUUUACAUUUAAUUUUAAAACCAUUCAUGUUACGUAGAACAAAAACUGAAGUUGAACAUGAGAUAUCUACUAAGACGGAGAUUAUGUUAUAUUGUCCAUUAAGUCAUCGACAACAAAUAUUGUAUGAACGAUUACGUAGUAAGAUUCGUCUUGAAGAUCUUAGCUCCAUCAUGUCUGCGAAUGGAAUAUCAGAUAGUUUUUCAUCGAAUUUGGAUAAUACUAAUGCAUUGUCAUCGUCUUCGUCAGCUACAGCCCAUUUAAUUAAUUUAGUGAUGCAGUUAAGAAAAGUAUGCAAUCAUCCAGAUUUAUGGGAGCGUCGUGAUGUUCGUUUCUCUUGUAUAACUGGUCAAAUGGAACCGAAUAGUUGUCGAUUCUAUAAUUCAGAUAUUAAGUAUAAUGCUUACAAUAACAAUCGUAAUCAAUAUGCAAUGUGGAGGCUUCCAAAUUUACUGUACGAAGAUGACGCUUUGUCAUUAUUUAGUUGGAGAGCUAAAAGUUUGAACAGUCUAUUUUCUCUCUGUCCGGUAUCCUUAUAUGACUGUUAUUCAAUAUGUUUAUUUAUCAUUAUUGCAAAGUAUUUCUAUCUUCAUCAUCCUUGUUAUAUACAUGAGGACUUAUGGCAUCAUGACAAUGAGGAACCAGAUUUAGGACCAAGCUGUAUAGUGAAUCAAAGUAGGCCAUGUACAAAUUACCCAUCUAAAUGCUUUUCAUUCACCCGCCUAUUAGGUUUAUCUGUUAAUGAAUAUGUAAAAAUUAUUCAAACUGGGGGUUUUUCACAUUCCGAUUCUCAAACUAUUUCUCAUAGCCACUCGGCACGUAUUAUAAUAAGCAACUAUUUCAAUGAAGAUAUUACAAUGAGUAAAAACGCUUCUGGUUUAUUACAACUGAAUUCAUUAUUCCCUAUGAGUCAUGUGCGUACUUCUCGUCAUUCAGUUGCACAAUUAAUUUAUCUUCAAGGUCUUCUCCUUCGUCAAGUUGAAUAUGAAUCGUUUACCACUGUAUCGAAUGUACCAUCAGUUUUCAUUCAUUGUCCUGGAAUAAGACCUUAUAUUCCGAAUUUUGUCUCAGCUGCAACAACUCACAAAGUAUUAAUUAAUCCACUUAAACCGUUUGUAAAUACGUGUAAUUAUGAUACAUCACAUGUUUAUUCAUUAUCGUACAAUGUGACCACCCCAUUGCCUAGAAGUCUGGAGCUUGUUUCACGUGCUACACGCAUUUCAGAUUCUGGUAAAUUAACUACAUUAGAUAACCUUCUUUCUGAAUUGAAAUCAAAUGGACAUCGUGUAUUAAUUUAUUCACAAAUGACACGUAUGAUUGAUAUAUUAGAGGAGUUUAUGUUAUAUCGUAAACAUGCUUAUCUACGAUUAGAUGGUUCAUCACGUUUAUCCGAUCGUAGAGAUAUGGUUGCUCAAUGGCAGACUAAUCCGCGUUGGUUUGUAUUCUUACUGUCAACUCGUGCUGGUGGCCUUGGUAUUAAUUUAACUGCAGCUGAUACAGUUAUAUUUUAUGAUUCUGACUGGAAUCCAACUGUAGAUCAACAGGCAAUGGAUCGUGCACAUCGUCUAGGUCAAACAAAGCCUGUUACAGUUUAUAGGCUUAUUUGUAAAAAUACAGUCGAAGGUCGUAUGUUGCGUCGUGCAGAAGAGAAACGUGCCAUGCAACAAAUGGUAAUCCAAUCAGGUCAAGGAGGAUUAAACAAUUUAUUGUCAAAUGUAACAAAUUCGUCAAGUCCCACAGAACAUAUGACUUCAUCUGAUAUGGUUUCUUUGUUACUUGAUGAUGAUGAGUUGGUAAAACGACUUCAGAUACGUAGACGGUUACAACCUCAGCGUGGUCGUCCAGCUAAGAAUCAGGCAUCCAAAAGACUAAUAGCCCCUGAAACUGUAAGUAAUCUUUCAAAUGCAGACGCUGAGGCACAUGUAACUGGACAACCAUCAUCAAGUGGUUUCAAUUCCACAAAAUCAAGUUCGCAUCCUCAGGGCGUAUCAGAUAUCAAUACUGUUGAUGAAGAUUUACUUGAACGAAAACGUCAAGCGGCUUGGGCUGAACAACCUCGUGGGGGCCGCACUAAAAAGAUCCGCCCAAUGGAAUCAAUCGGGCCGGCGACCAUUUCCUCAACUGACACCUCUGUAACAAAUUGUGAUAAUGAUAAUAAUUCUAAUAGUAGUAGUAGUAUUAGUAACAACACGACAUAAAUGCUGAUUGGAAUAGGGAUUAUUUUAUCAUUAUCAUUGUUAUAUUCUUUUGUCGCCAUUGAUAUCUUGUCAAAAAUUCUUCUUCUUUUUAUUAUUACCACAAACCAGAUGAUUUUGUAAUGCAUUUCCAUAAUUUUCUGAGCAAAUAAAUGUAUAUAAAGAAAACGUACCGCUUAAAUUGGUAUUUUUUUAUUGACAAUUCGAUGUUUUGUAUUACAAAAAUGAAAAGGAACUUAUAAGUACAGCAUAUUAAGUACCCUAUAUUUUCUUCGUGUACCUUCAGCCUAUUACCGACUUUUUCAAAAUGGAAAUUUUAAAGUGAUACCGUCAAUAUAUGCUAUGAAUUUUACUGUCUCUUUAAUAUGUACAUUUAGAUAACAUGACUAUUGGUUUUUCUUUCAGUCUAUUUCAAAUAAAGAAUCAUGAUAAUAAUGGAAAAUAUGAACACUUUUAAUUUCUCUG